UCGGCGCUCCGGACAGUGCACAGCACCCGCCCGCGGGCGGCCGCCGCCGUGUGGGACAGCUACGGCAGCCCGAGCCCGGCACCGCUGGCCCCGGCGGCCGGGGUGGGGGUUUCUGGCCUUCAGAAUUACAGGAAAAAGCRUUACUUGUGCUCAGCCGCGCAGCUUCCUAUUUUGUCCGUCCCUUCGCAGUCGCCGGCGGCAGAGGCUCCUUUUAAAUCAAGCUCCCGUUCUGCAGCUAAGCAUUUUCUGCGUGUAGUUAGUGAGAAGGAAAUGUCUGACAAUUUGAUUUGGAUGUUUGUCCUGCUCUGCAGCUCUGUAGCAGAURAAAACUCUGGAGAUGCUGACAUUUUUCCUUCAUCUCCUACAAUUGAAAGAGGAUCCUCCCUGAAACUAUUCUGUGUUCUUGGAAAGAGCUACAUACCUCAGAGAAAUGCAAGCCACAUCAUCUGGAAAUUGAAUGAUGAAUUGAUUGCUCCAGAAAACUGUACCAUUGUGAAUGAGACUGUAUCUAGUGUAACCAUCCAUAAUUUCACUUACAGCACAGCUUACCUGAAAUGUUUCAUGAAGUACUUGGACAGGGAACAACUUUUGGUUCRCACAGAAGUUAAAUCUGGCUUUCGUCCAGACAURCCAAAAAAUAUUUCCUGCAUUUUUUUCUUUGAUGAUAACCUUACUUGUACCUGGAACGGAGGAAGAGAAACAAGUUUUACAAGAUACUAUACUCUUUACCGGAAACUGAUAAAUUCUUCAGAUACAGGCAGCUCAUGCAACAGUACAACGGAGUCCUGUUCAUUUUUUCAUCCAGAUAAUAAUCCCUAUAGUAGUAAAUUUUGUUUUCAGGUGCAAGCUAAGAAUGUUUUGGGUGAAUCCUUAACAGACUGUACUCCUAUAUCUUUGAGUAAAAUAGAGAAAUUUGCCCCUCCUGAAAUAAUUUCAGUUAAAAAGAUCCCUGGAAUAAAGCAGUUACUUACAGUAACCUGGCAGAUGCCUAAGAAGAUUAUCCCUUCACAGCCUUUAAUUUGCCAGGUUCGAUACAGAAACUUGUAUUCAAACUUUACAGAAUUUGUCAAUGUCUCACUGAAUUCUAAACAGAAUACAUCAUCUUGUAAUCUCACGGGUCUGUGGGAUUCCACAGACUAUUCUGUUGCCGUUCGGUGUAUCAAUAUUGAGUCAAUAUUUUGGAGUGCAUGGAGUGGAGAGAAAAAAGGAAGCACAGAAGAAAAAGCUCCUUCAGGGAAAGUGGAUUUGUGGAGAGUAAUUGAACCUUCACACUCAUCUAGAAAUAGAUCUGUACAUCUUAUGUGGAAGCCACUAAGAAGCUUUCCACCUCCUGGGAGAGUUCAAGGCUACAAAAUACAAUAUUUUCCUGAAAACAAUGCUACACUUAAAAGGACAAGCAACUCUACUGAAAAGAAAAUCACUUUACUUUUAAAUGAAGAGGCACAUAUAAUAUCUGUCACUGCCUAUAACUCUGCUGGAGAGUCUCCUGAAGCUAUUUUGAGGAUUCCAUCCACUGAUGAAAAAACCUCUCAGAUAAUUGRAAGACUGAUGGCCACUACAACAAAUGAAGAAGUGGUUGUGGAAUGGAUGACUUCUGAACGAGAAGCAAUCAAAUAUGUGGUUGAGUGGUAUGAGGAAUCGGAGAUGGACCCUUUUGGUAGAUCAUGGCAAUAUGUAUGGAAUUCUACAAAAUGGCAAAAUAACAAAAAAAACUUUAAACCAUUUAUAUGCUAUAACAUCUCAGURUAUCCUCUUUAUGGAAAUAAAGUAGCAGCUCCAUCUUAUGCACAAAUAUAUGCUCAAGAAAAAGAGCCAGCAGAAGGACCUGUGGCUGAUACAAGCAUUCUGGGGAAAAAUGAAGUUACAAUAAAGUGGAAUGAGAUUCCAAAGGAUAAAAGAAAUGGAUUUAUCACUAACUAUACAAUAUUUUAUAAACCUGAAGAUGAAGGAGAAUUGAAUGAAACAGUGAACUCUGACAUUCUGCAAUACAGACUGAAGUCCUUACAGGCUAAUACACAAUAUACUGUCUAUAUAAUGGCAAGCAAUAAAGCUGGUGGAACCAUUGGAGAGCGAAAAACCUUCAAGACUUUGAAAUUGGAUAAAGAAGAUGUCUUUUUUAUUGCUAUACCUGUUGGGAUAAGCGUGUUGUGUCUGAUAGGCCUUUGGAUAACGUGCGUUUUGAAAAAACAUGCGUUUAAAAAGGUUUGCUGGCCUGAUAUUCCAAAUCCUGAAGAGAGUCUUGCAGUGGAAUGGCCUUUUCCUUCAUCUAUGAAUAAUUCAUUUCUGAAGAGACUGUCAUCUGAGACUAAAACUAYGGACUUUGAAGACAUAAAUGUUUUGGAACAUUGUUUUCCUGACGAAAGUCCAGAAGGAUCACUACUAAUAAACUAUGAAAACCAUGUUUCUGUAUGUACUGAUAUUGACAAAAAAAGCAUAACUAAUGGAGAUGAAAAGAUACUGAAUAAUGAAGAAAAUGAAGUUGCUGAAAGUUUUUCACCAUCCAUGUCUUAUGUAAUUACUGAUCAAUUUAUCAGAAGUCAAAUGCACAGAGCUUUGAUACCAGUGAAGGAAGCCCAACCCAUAGAAAUGMUGCCAAAUGUUUUGUGUGGAUCCCAACAGAAUCCAAUUAAAAAUGAAGAAAAUGGUGAUGAAGAAGUUUUAAAGCUGGAAGAUGUCAGUGAAGAAGCACUGUKCAAUCCAUACCUGAAAAAUUCUGUUAAAACAAGGGAAUUUCUUGUUUCUGAGAGCUUGCCAGAGCACAGUAUGGAUGAACACAAAAGCCARUCAAAUGUCUUACCUCCUUGUCAACCAAAUGCGCCAGGACAAUCCUAUGUAACACUGGACAUGUUCAGGCUGGCCAAAGCUCAAUAGUAUGAGAGACCUCUGUUAUAAAAUCCUCCUGUGAGAUACCCUUGGCACUGCCACUUACAGGCAUUCAUAUGUUCUAAUCUGAUUGAUCYCAGUUACUUUGGAUGGGAACACCCUCUUCUUUUGAAUAGCUGUGAAGUAUUUUUUUGCACUGUGUUAAUACUUGUCAGAGUUCACUUUCAGUGUGGGUGUUUGUUUUUUGUUGAUUUGGGUUUUCUUUUUUUAUUUUUUUUUUUAUCAGAUAUGACAGUAGUGAGGAAAAAAAAAUAGCUUUUAUUAUUUUCCCUUAGUUCUCCUGUAUCAGUCUGCAAAAACAACCUGGUAUUUGCUGCAGGAGCAUAGAGCAGUGCAAGCAUCUCAUUUAUUUCGCCCUAGACAACUAGUUCCCAAAACUCAGCUCUGCUGGGGAAACAUGGUCAGUCUUGAACAUGGUUGGAACCUGCCAAAUCCUUCCUUCAGUUACAUGAAGCAGAACUGCUUUCCUGUGCUUAUUUCCCUUCAUUGUUUUUUAUCUGGUGUUAUAGAUCAUGUUCCUCCUGUUUUACAAAUUUUGUAGAUUUCAGUAGCUGUUUUUUUGUAUCCCGACUCUUGAAUUAGUGGUUUGCUUAUAGUUUCUUCUGUYUUUAAUGAGAGUAUAUUUGUUGUCUGCAUUUUUGAAAAUAUGUGUUGUGCUGGCUGUGUUACUUCCUUUCCUUUCUCGCGUUUUUCAUCAUCCUCAACAUUUUGUGCUGCUUUUGUCUCUCCUGUUUGUUUCCUGCUUUUUAAAACUACUUAUUGAAGGAUUAUUUUACCUUCUUGUUCCUUUGCUUCGAAUUUGUUUCAGUUUAGAACUGUGUUUCCCAGUUGUGUUUUUAAUGUUUUGAACUGAAAAAAAAAAACUAAGUAGGUGGUCUUUUAUUGGAAGAAGCACUG